GCCACGUGAAUCAAUUCGGAAGUGUACCAUUUCCAGGCGAAAACAUAAAACGCUCGUAGGUGGUGUUGAGUUAUUCAACCUGGACGCGACGUUUGCUCAGGUAUAGUGGAGUGGCUCCGUGCACUGCGCCGCAUAACUCGACAGUUAUACCCGGGGUUUGGCACGAUGCUGAACGCCGCCGCCGCGGAGAGGAACAAGGAGCCCAUCCUGGCGGUGCUCCGGGAGAGCGUGAACACCGGGAGACCCCUGCAGGCUCUGGAGAUCUCCUCCGGUACCGGGCAGCAUGUCACACACUUCGCUCAGGGCCUGCGGAAUGUAAUCUGGCAGCCGUCAGAGUAUGAUCGCCAGUCUCUAGCCAGUAUAGAAGCAUACAGAGCCCACUACCAGCUGCACAAUGUGAAACCUGCCAUCCACCUAGAUGCUUCUCAGCCCCCUCAGUACUGGGGAGGGAUCCAGCCAGAGAGCCUCGAUCUGGUUGUCAACAUCAACAUGAUCCACAUUUCUUCGUUUGCUUGCACAGAGGGUUUAUUCAAAGGGGCUGGAAUAGUGCUGAAGCCACAAGGUCUUCUUUUGACAUACGGGCCUUAUGCAGUGAAUGGUCAGAUCACCCCUCAAAGUAAUAUUGACUUUGACUACAGCCUACGGCAGAGGAACUCAGAAUGGGGACUCAGGGAUAUCUCCCUCCUCAGUUCUACCGCACAGAGAAAUGGUUUAUUCCUGGAGAAGUUGAUCGACAUGCCAGCAAACAACAAGUGUCUUCUGUUCAGGAAGGAGAGUUUGGUGUGAAGCAUCCUGUUGUUCCGGAGCAGGACGGUCAAACGCCUUAAACUUACACUUGAAGCUCAGAUACAUUGCCAAAUUUUACAGAACUGUAAAUGAAUUGUCUCCCAAGAUUCCAACACAACACUGACAUUAUAUGAAAUUGUUUGAGAACUGAAAUAAUGUAAUCUAUUAUACAUUGUUCUUCUGUAUUGCACACUUGAGUAAAAUUAUUAAGGCGCA